GAAAUACCCCUUUAUCAAAUCAACGAAAAAUAGACACUAUGUAACUUUAUUGCAUUGGAAUACCUCCCCUUUUCGGUGGAUUCUUUCGGAGAAAGGAUUAAUGUUUGUUCUAUUCCAUUAGUAAUAAGGGAAGAAUUCGGCUCAGAAGAAAAAAGAGAAGCAGAUCUAUUCUAUACUCGAUAAGUAUCAAUACGCAAUGGGGGUUGAUCCUAUUUUUUAUGAAUGAAUGCAUCCCUAUUUGUUCAUCAUUCAAAGGACCUAUUCGUAAGAAUUCUCUUUCAUUCAUUCCGCCUUUCUUUAUUUUAUGGCCUUAGUCUAUCUAUGUAUAAAAUAUGAUAAAGGCCCAUAUUAUUAAGACCAUUAUUACAUAUUAUUAAGAUAAGACCAUUAUUACGUAUUACAUUACGUAUUACGCUUCCACAAUCAAAGUGAAAUAUAAUAUUACAUAUUAUAAUAUUACAUAUUAUUAAGAUAAGACCAUUAUUACGUAUUACAUUACGUAUUACGCUUCCACAAUCAAAGUGAAAUAUAAUAUUACAUAUUAUAAUAUUACAUAUUAUUAAGAUAAGACCAUUAUUACGUAUUACAUUACGUAUUACGCUUCCACAAUCAAAGUGAAAUAUAAUAUUACAUAUUAUUAAGAUAAGACCAUUAUUACGUAUUACAUUACGUAUUACGCUUCCACAAUCAAAGCGAAAUAUAAUUUUACAUUCUUUUUACUUUAUGCCUGUUGGUAUUCCAAAAGUUCCUUUUCAAGUUCCGGGAGAUAACGAUGCAAGCUGGGUUGACAUAUACAACCGAAUUUAUCGAGAAAGAUUGCUUUUUUUGGGCAAAGAGCUUGAUAUCCAGACCUCGAAUCAACUUGCGGGUAUUAUGAUCUAUCUCAGUAUAGAGAGUAAUAGCCGAGACCUGUUUUUUUUUAUAAACUCUCCUGGCGGAGGGAUAGUAUCUGGAUUAUCUCUUUUUGAUACUAUGCAAGCAGUGGAACCAGAUGUGCAUACACUAGCCAUGGGAUUGACCGCUUCAAUCGCAGCUUUUCUCUUGGUCGGAGGAGAAAUUACCAAACGCAGAGCAUUCCCUCACGCUCGGGUAAUGAUCCAUCAACCUAUUAGUAUGCUUAAGGAUGAUGGCUUCAAAGACUGGGUCAUGGAAACAGACGAAGUAAUGAAAAUGCAAGAAGACAUCAUAGAGGCUUAUGUACAAAGAACGGGCCAGCCCCGAUGGGUUAUAAACAAAGACAUGGAAAGAGAUAAUUUUAUGUCAGCAAAAGAAGCCAAAGAUCAUGGAAUUGUGGAUCAUAUAGUGCGUACAGAAUCGAGACCUAUAGUGAAUGAAAAACCUAUAGUGAAUGAAAAACCUAUAGUGAAUGAAAAACCUAUAGUGAAUGAAAAACCUAUAGUGAAUAACAAACCUAUAGUGAAUGAAAAACCUAUAGUGAAUGAAAAACCUAUAGUGAAUGAAAAACCUAUAGUGAAUGAAAAACCUAUAGUGAAUAACAAACCUAUAGUGAAUAACAAACCUAUAGUGAAUAACAAACCUAUAGUGAAUAAAAAAUGGAGACUAGUUAACGACAAUGGCAAUGGAAGACCACCAUUUGACGACAAUGGCAAUGGAAGACCACCAUUUGACGACAAUGGCAAUGGAACAUGCCAACUAUUAAACAACUUAUUAGAAAUGCAAGACAGCCAAUUAGAAAUGUCACGAAAGCCCCUGCUCUUCGGGGAUGUCCUCAGCGCCGAGGAAGAUGUACUAGGGUGUAUGUGCGACUUGUUCAGAUCAUGGGCUGAGAAAAAGGAAACAAUUUUUCAGUAUCAACGAUCAGUACCAGUGAAUAGAAUGGGGUUCUUCCGUUCACUAUCUAAAAAAGAUAGAUCUACCAUAUCCUUCUAUUGUCAAAAAGAUUAUGCUUCGACUCUUGCAAAGAACGGACUAACAGGAUCUCGUUGUGAAAGAUCUAUUACUGAAAAAUUUAUGAGUAGAGCCGAAGAGUGUGAACUAAUGAAAGAGGGAUAUAUAGCUCGGAGACAAAGAGUAAGAGCUUUGGUUUCGGCUGAUCGGGAUAGAGAUAGGAAAAAAAGAUAUUUUCGUCGUUUGUGGAUCACUCGAAUAAAUGCAGGAAUUCGAGGAAUGGGGGUAUCCUAUAAUUAUAGUAGAUUAAUAAAAAAUCGGUACAAGAAACAGUUGCUUCUUAAUCGUAAAAUACUUGCACAAAUAGCUAUCUCAAAUAGGAAUUGUCUUUAUAUGAUUUCCAACGAGAUUAUAAAAUAA